CAUUCUUAUAAUAUAAGAAUUAUUAAUUUACUUUAAUUGCCCCACCUUCAUACUUGAAUAAUUACUUAUUUCAAGUAACUUGAGUUAAACAAUCAUCAAUUGGUUUUGAAAUAAUCAUUGAGGUGGACAUUGUCAGUGUUACAUUGUAGAAUAACCGUGAUCAAAUUUUUUUGUAUGAACGUUUUCAAUGUUUAUGGGAAAGCAACCGAUUUUCGUUUCUAACGUGAGCACACAGAGGGCCCUGGCGCUAGUAAAAGAAAUCAUAUGUGAGAACACAUGUGAACGUGAAAAACUUCACAACAUGUGAAUGUGAGCAUCAAAUCUGUCAGUAGUAUAAGCCGCAUUGUGUUUGAUGAUUAACAAGCAACAAUUUCGUAUAUAAACAAUAAAAAAGCUUGAUUGACUUGAAUUUCAGCGAACGAAACGUGCGUUUACAAAUUUUAUUUGAAUCUCGAUUUUAAUACAAAAGUUCGUCAUUUAAAAAGUAUAAUACAAAAAAUAAAUGUUUUGAAAAAUUCGUUGUGUCGAUAGUAUCGACUCGAUACAUGCGUCGUCAUAAUUAAAUCGAAUCAAAGACAUCAAAAUAUGAAUAAAAAACGACGAUACAAAGCAGAAUAUGCAAAAAGUAAUAGAGGAACAUGCAAAGACAAAAAUUGUUCAGGAAAAAUUGAAAAGGGUGAACUGCGUUUAGCACGAGUUCUAAAGUCAUAUCAUUUUGACGGCGAUGAAUAUUGAUGGCAUCACACAGAAUGUUUCUUCAAAACAUACAACCCUGAGUCGGAAUUCGCUAUUGAUGGAUUUGCUAGGCUUCGAUAUGGGGAUCAAGAAACAUUGCGACAUUAUAUGGAAAAUAAUCGAAAGCGGAAACAUGAUGCAGAUUCCGGGGAUGAAACCGAUGAUCGCCCCGAAUUGUCAACAAAAAAGAUUAAACAAGACCCAGAGACAAUUAGACAAGACGGAUUGACUAAACAGCAAAGUGCUGAGUUCCAUGAGCUGCGAACGAAAAUAGAAAAUAAUCUCGAUAAAUUUUGGCAAAUUAAAAUCUUGGAGGACGAUGAUCAGGAAAUUCCAAGCGAUACAAGCCAGAUGUUCGAUCAUGUUACCGACAUCAUUUACUUUGGAGCAAUUGAGCGUUGUCAACGAAAGAGCUGUCGGAAUGGAAAAUUUGAAUUUGACGGCAAUUCAACAUAUCGUUGUAGAGGGUACAUAUCCGAGUUUGGAAAGUGUUACAACACAAUGACCGAACCACCAAGACGGGCCGGGUCGAAUACGCGAAGAAAUCCGAAGCGAUGAGAACUGUGCAUUUCUAAAUGUGGAAUUCAAAGUGCAUCAUCGGGUAUUGAAAAUACCAACUCCAUUCAAAGGAGUUGAUACCAAAUCAUUAUACAAAACUGAAACGAGCAACUUCAAAUUUUUCGGUCGCUUUCGUUCGACUACAAUCAAAGAUGGAACGUCCGUAGACUCGCAAUCAAAUAUGGAACACAUUGCUCAUGUGUAUGUUGCAAAUGAGUUGAUAUACUCCGCUGUUCUGGUGAAAAUCGAUUUGAGUGCUGAUGUUGAUAAGAAUUCCCAAUACAGGAUUCAGUUAUUGGAAUCAGACGAUGAAAAUCCACGAAAAUAUUGGAUAUUUCGUUCGUGGGGUCGCACCGGCACAAUAAUUGGUAAAACUUCUACUUCCGACUAUUACGAUGUGAAAGAAGCAAUCGAACAGUUUCACAAGAUCUACAAAGAGAAAACCAACAAUGAAUUCACUGCGACGCAUUUCAUCAAGUAUCCCGGAAAGUACCAUCGAUUGACGACAUCGGACGAAGCGGUUAAAAAGGCUGAAUUGACCCAAAGCAAUAAUUUAUCAAAGCCGGUUGAAGAUCUGUUGAAACUGUUGGUCGAUGAGGAUAUGAUGAACAAUCUAAUGAUUGUUUUUCGAUUGGAUACGACCAAAACACCACUGGCUAAAAUUGGUCAAAUAGAAAUUCGUCAAGCGAAUUUUGUGUUGAAGGCAAUCAAAGGGAAAAUCAUUCAGCGUGAAUCACAAGAACAACUUGUAGAAGCGUCAAAUCGAUUUUAUUCGCUGAUUCCGCACAGUGUGACCGCUGAUGAUGUGAUCGAUGGCAAAGAGAAACUUAAAGAAAAGGCAGAGAUGUUGAAGAGCCUUAAGGAUUUGCAAUUCACAUAUAAAUUACUACACAAAGAGACUGGAGAAAAGGCUGAGAACAUUCUAGAUGAUUUUUAUAAUGAUUUAAACGUAGACAUCGAAUCUCUUGAUAAAGACUCUUAUGAAUUUGACAUAAUUACGACAUAUGCGAACGAAACUCAAAUGACUUGUGAUUUGGAAAUUGUUGAAAUUUUCAAAAUUUCACGUUGUGAUGAACAGUAUUAUGAACCCUACGAAAAUCUGCCAAAUAGAACACUUCUUUGGCACGGUAGCCGUAUCAUAAAUGUUGCCAGCAUUUUAUCUCAAGGCUUGAAGAUCGCUCCACCAGAAGCGAGUGCCAUUGGUUGUAGCUUCGGAAAAGGGCUUUAUUUUGUAGAUGUGUUCGAAAAGUCAGCAGGAUACUGUUAUGCGCAUCAAACAAACAACAUUGGAUUGAUGUUGCUGUGUGGGCAAAUUUUCUACACAAUCAAGCACAUUUUUGGAUGGGGUAAUCGUACCAUGGGGAAAACCAAUUUAAGAUGAAAAUAUCAAAUCAAUACUGAAUUUUAAUGAGUUUGUGAUUUACAAUGAAGCUCAAGUCAAAAUUAAAUACCUAAUCAGACUUAAAUUCAAUUAGCCGGUAUAUACUUGUUGAUAUACACCGCUUUUCACUCAUAUAAUUUUAUACUGCGGGUCAUAAAAUUUAACUAUAUUUUUUUUCUAUAUUGUUUCUUAUUGAAUAAAAAUUGAGCUAUUUUAUUUACAUUUUUACAAAA